CCAUGGAGCCAGCAGCCUCAUCCUAAAUUCCUGAUCCCUGGAGGACACCAAGCCUUCCCUCCUGCUUCAGUGUGGUUUGUGUGGUCUGGGCUCCCCUACUGCUCAGAGGCUAGGGGAUGGCUCCACUGGGCAGUGAGUCUCGAAUUCCCAGCACACACUUGAGGGUCCCCGUUCAGGAAGAAGGAGCAGGAAGAGCGCAUUGAGUACAGGCAGGAAAUUCCGCUUAAAUGCAAAUAUCCCGUGGGAGGGGUCAGGUCACAGCGAAGGGCGGAAGCCCAUCCUAUCAACGGCUGCGUCUGGAACCGCUUCAUCCGGCUCCAUUCAGCUGUGUAAGAUCGCUUCUUCUGUCAAUCAGUUCCCUGGGGAGGAGGGGGGGCGGAACUUGGAGCUCUACCCAAUCAGUGUUGGGGUCGAGUUCGUGGGACCUGCCAAUCAGGCGCGCUGCCGGGAGGAGGGUGGAGCUUUCUCCAUCCCUCUGAGCUCCUGCUCCCGGCUCUGUAGCUCAGAGAAGCCCUGGCAGUUCAGUGGCAGGCUCUGUCACACUGAGUCGUAUGCUGGCAGCGGGGAGCCUUGGGGAGAACCCGGGACACUGCGGAAGCCGGGAAAUGGAUUCAGUUGCCUUUGAGGAUGUGGCUGUGAACUUCACCCGGGAAGAGUGGGCUUUGCUGGGUCCAUCACAGAAGACUCUGUAUAGAGAUGUGAUGUGGGAAACCAUUAGGAACCUGGACUGUAUAGGAAUGAAAUGGGAAGACACAGACAUUGAAGAUCAGCACAAAAAUCCCAGGAGGAGCCUAAGAUGUCUUAUCAUAGAAAGAUUCAGUGAAAGUAGCCAGAUUCCAGGUAGUACUGUGAAUGAAAAAGCUCAUGGAGUAGAUCCAUGUGAAAGCAGUGUGCAUGGAGAAGUCAUCAUGGGUUGUUCAUUCCUUAAUUGCUACAUCACAUUUGAUGCUGGACACAAACCAGAUGAGUGUCAGGAAUAUGGAGAAAAGCCACAUACACAUAAACAAUGUGGGACAACCUUCAGUUAUCACCACUCUUUUCAAACACAGGAAAGACCUCACACUGAAAAGAAACGCUAUGAUUGUAAGGAAUGUGGGAAAACCUUCAGUUCUUUGGGAAACCUUCGAAGACACAUAAUAGUACAACGUGGAGGUGGACCUUAUAUAUGUAAGUUGUGUGGGAAAGCCUUUUUUUGGCCUAGUUUAUUUCGUAUACAUGAAAGAACUCACACUGGAGAGAAACCGUAUGAAUGUAAGCAGUGUUUUAAAGCCUUCCCUAUUUACAGUUCCUAUCUAAGACAUGAAAGAACACACACUGGGGAGAAACCAUAUGAAUGCAAGCACUGUUCUAAAGCCUUCCCUGAUUACAGUUCCUAUGUAAGACAUGAAAGAACUCACACUGGAGAAAAACCCUAUAAAUGUAAACAAUGUGGAAGAGCCUUCAGUGUUUCCAGUUCCCUUCGAAUACAUGAAAGAACUCACACUGGAGAGAAACCCUAUGAAUGUCAGCAAUGUGGAAGAGCCUUCAGUGUUUCCAGUUCCCUUCGAAUACAUGAAAGAACUCACACUGGAGAGAAACCCUAUGAAUGUCAGCAAUGUGGGAAAGCAUUUCAUCAUCUGGGAAGCUUUCAAAGACACAUGAUAAGGCACACUGGAGAUGGACCUCAUAAAUGUAAGAUAUGUGGGAGAGGCUUUGAUUGUCCUAGUUCACUGCAAAGUCAUGAAAGAACUCACACUGGAGAGAAACCCUAUGAAUGCAAGCAGUGUGGAAAAGCAUUAUCUCAUCGCUCAAGCUUUCGAAGUCACAUGAUAAUGCACACUGGAGAUGGACCUCAUAAAUGCAAGGUAUGUGGGAAAGCCUUUGUUUAUCCCAGUGUAUUUCAAAGACAUGAAAGGACUCAUACUGGUGAGAAACCCUAUGAAUGUAAGGAAUGUGGUAAAGCCUUCCGUAUUUCUAGUUCCCUUCGAAGGCAUGAAACAACUCACACUGGAGAGAAGCCAUAUGAGUGUAAGGAAUGUGGGAAAGCAUUCAGUUGUUUCACAUACCUUUCUCAACAUAAAAGGAUCCACACAGCUGAAAAACCUUAUAAGUGUAAAACAUAUAAGAAAGCCUUCAGUCAUUUUGGUAACUUAAAAGCCCAUGAAAGGAUUCACUCUGGAGAGAAACCGUAUGAAUGUAAGGAAUGCAGGAAAGCAUUCUCUUGGCUCACUUGCCUUCUACGACAUGAAAGAAUUCACACUGGAAAGAAAUCUUAUGAAUGUCAACAAUGUGGUAAAGCUUUCACUCGUUCCCGUUUCCUUCGAGGACAUGAAAGGAUUCACACUGGAGAGAAGAUGCAUGAAUCUAUAACUUCCAUUAGUAUAUUGAACAGAACUGUUGAAAGUGGACAUCCUGUCUUCUUGAUAUUAUGAAGAAUUAUGCUUGAUAUUAUGAAGAAUUUAUGCUUCAAUAUUCAUAAAAGGUAUUCUGUAGUCUUUUUCUGUUCUUGUAAUGUCUUUUCUUGGCUUUCAUCUCAAAGUGAGGCUGGCCUCACAAAAUGGAUUAGAACUUGUUUCUUCUUCCAUUUUGUUUCCACAAACCAACUUUUGGUGUCAAUAAUAUCGUCUGUUGUUUUUAUAUUCUCUAUUUGAUUUAUCUCUGCUCUAUAUUAUUUACUUAUUUGUAGUACGUUUUAAAAAAUAUUUUUAAAGACAGGGUCCUGCUAUGUUGCUUAGGCUAGAGUGUAGUGGCUAUUCACAGGCAUGAUUAUGGUGCACUGUAGCCUAGAAUUCCUGGGUUCAAGGAAUGCUCCUCCCUUAGCCUCCUGAGCAGGUGGGACUAUAGGAAUGUACCACCACACCCUGUUUGUCUACUACCUUUCUAAAGAAGUUUGUGCUUCCUUUUCUAGUUCCUUAAACUGAAUAAUUAGAAUACUUAUUGGAGUUCUUUCUUCAUUUUCAAUGAAUGCUUUUUUUUUUCCAUUUGAGACGGUGUCUUGCUGUGUCACCCAGGC